UUGUAUUCUAGAACAAUGUGUGUGUCUCGUUUUUGAAUUAGAUAAGGGAAGAAAGUGAUAAUAUACUAUAAUGUGUACGCAUGCAGAACAUGCAAGUUGAAAAAUAAGAGUGGGAGAAACUCUUUUCGGUGUUGGACUAUAAAGUCACGAUCGACCGUGAUGGAUUGUAGAGUCUUUUUUGCGAUUUACUUCUGAACUCGACCCUAUCUGACAAGUUGUGUGCACGCUCGAAUAUCUUUGUCAACAAUAUGUCCUAUGCGAUAAAAAGGAUUUCUAUCAUUUCUAUCUCGGAACGGAUGCAGAUAUCGGCAUCCAAACCAAAAGCAUGGUAUGGAUGUAGACACACACAGGGCAUUUUGAUGGCAUUAGGUUUUUUUUGUUGCUAUGCUAUUAGAGUAACUACAUCAGUGACGUUAGAAGCAAUGACUAAUGCUCAGUCUGCAAAUCCUGAAUUUGAAGAAUUUCCAUGGGAUGACAGGAUUAAGGAUAUAAUUCAGAGUUCUUUCUUCUGGGGAUACGUGUGCACACAAAUUAUUGGCAGUAUAGUGGCACGAGAUUGGGGAGCUCAUAAACUUUUUUCACUAGCACAAUUCGCAUGUGGUUUGCUAACGCUUUUAAUUCCCGUAGUUGCUAAAUAUUGUGGAUGGGAAAUAGUUUGUGUUACUAGAGUAAUCGCCGGUUUAUUUCAAGGCACUGUUCUACCGUGUCUUCAUACAUUACUCUCAAAAUGGGUGCCUAUGGAAGAAAGAGGAAGAAUUUCAACAUUUGUGUAUGCCGGAGGCUGGAUUGGAAAUGUACUUUGUUUAUGGAGCACUGGUCAAUUGUCAGCGUCUCAAUUUGGAUGGCCUAGCUGUUUUUAUGUUUGGGGCUGUAUAUCUAUUACUUCCAGUGUUUUAUUUUAUGUUAUUGGGAAAGAAUCACCUGCCGAACAUUCAAAUAUAUCACAAGAUGAAAAAGAAUAUAUUGAAAGUAGUCUUGGAAUAAUAGAAACAGAAGAGAAAUUACCAAUUCCUUGGAUUAAAAUAUUAACCUGUAUUCCAAUGUGGGCACUAUUGGUUACUCAAUCUGCUCAUACUUGGGGUUUCUGGAUGCUUUUAACCAAAAUUCCUUCUUAUAUUGGAUCAGUCUUUAAUACUGAUAUAAAAAACAAUGGCCUAUGGAGUGCACUACCAUAUUUAACAGCAUGGAUUUGCAGUUUCCCAAUUAGCUAUAUUUCGGAUCUUCUUAUUAAACGAAAUAUCUUAACUGUACAAGCAUCAAGAAAGAUUUGCAAUACAAUUGGUGAAUGGUUUCCAGCGGUUACAUUAAUUGGUCUUGGAUAUGUUAAUAAAGAACAACCUGGAAUAGCAAAGGCGCUCUUAAUAUUUGCUGUUGCUAGUAAUGUUGCUAUUUAUUGUGGAUACAAUGUUAACCAUAUGGAUCUUAGUCCAAAUUUUGCUGGUUCUUUGAUGGGUAUUACAAAUACAGUGGCAAAUAUUUGUAGCAUUUUGGCUCCACUAGUUGCCAGUAUUAUCAUUAAGGAUACGAAAAGUCCUGAAGAAUGGAGAAAUAUGUUCUUUUUAACAUCUGCAAUAUAUUUUGUUGGAAAUUUUAUUUUUAUUGUGUUUGGUACAUCUAAAAUUCAGCAAUGGAAUGAUCCCAUAAAGGAAAAAAAUAUUUCUAUGAAUGCAAUUGCAACUGAAUCAUCAGUGGAAAAUGAACAUGUGCAAAAAGUAAAAGAUACUGAAAAGAUGGAUUUAGGAAAAAAGUUGUGAUAAUGUUAUGAUACUGAAGAAUACGUAAUUUAUAAAAUGUAGUGUAAAUACUGUGAUUUAAUGGGCGUAUUAUUAUUUUCACUAUUUUAUUUAUAAAUGUUUGUGUAUAUUUAUGUAUAUUAUAUUUAAUAUUUAUUAUGAAAUAAUGAUUGAUAAUUAUAUUAUGCAAACAAGUUUGUUUAAAACUUCAUUCAUGUUUUAGAUGUUGCUUUGGUACAGAUUUCCAAAUUGUUUGUAUAAGAUAUAGUGUACAUAAUAUUGUUAAUAAAAAUGUAAUAUAAGUUACUAGAUAUAACAUAGUUGUCUCACCAACUGGUAUUGUCCAUAGAUCUUUCUUAUCCUGCAAAAUGGAUAUGAAAAAUAUUUGUCUAUAUAAAAAUAAAAUAUCUCUACUAUUUUAAUAA